UGAUCAACUUGUGCUCGGCACAUAAUUGACAUUAAUUUUAUUACAAUUAAUAAAAAUUAAGUACAAAAAGUACUUAAAUAUUUAAUUUUAUUUUUAGUGAAAUUAAAAAUAAAUCAGCAAAAUGGUUGCGCAGAAAAAACAAAAAAAGGCGAUGGAGAGCAUCAACUCCAGGCUUGCGUUGGUAAUGAAAUCAGGAAAAUACGUUCUGGGAUACAAACAAACUUUAAAAUCUCUGCGUCAAGGCAAAGCUAAGCUUGUUAUCAUCGCCAACAAUACCCCACCACUUAGGAAAUCAGAAAUUGAAUACUAUGCGAUGUUAGCUAAGACUGGAGUCCAUCAUUACACCGGUAAUAACAUCGAACUUGGUACCGCUUGUGGUAAAUACUUCCGAGUAUGUACUCUAUCAAUCACCGAUCCUGGUAACUCAGAUAUUAUCAAAUCCAUGCCAACUGGUGACCAAGCGUAAUUGUAUUCAAUAAACUUUUAAAUGAAAAUAAAA